UUGAGUUGGCUACUUGGCUUACUUCGCAGCUUCGCACGAGUGCACUCCACACAAUCACUUAGCAAGGCUUUCUGGCUUCUUCACUAGACAUACUCACCUUCCUCCGCGGCCGCCGGCGGCGACAGCUUGGCAGCAACAUCACUGCAAGCAAUAAAUAAAUCUUGUGAAGUGAAGAACUUAAGUUCUGAAGAGUAGGAAGAAAGAAUAACAAGGGAGACGGAUGUCUACCUUCAUUAGACGUGCAUUCUCCUACAGAAACCUUCUCCUCCUUCGGAGCUCUGCUUUCCACGGUCGUGAUCUCUCAUGCACCAAUGAAAAUCCUGUCAACUUAUGUAACUCUAAUAUUGACAGGGUAUUCAGUCUCCCGGCAGCUAAUUUUAUCAUAGAGAGUCGCAGAGGCUAUGCCAAAGGACGAAAAUCAAAGGAUGGAGCUGGUGUUAAGACAAUUGAAGUUCCACCAGAUGUUGGGCCUACUAUUAAGGCAAACGCUAUUUCACAGAUGGAGGCAGCAAUGACUGCAUUAUCAACAGAACUAAACAAGCUACGUACAGGAAGGGCAUCUCCUGGAAUGCUUGACCAUAUUAUUGUAGAAACUGGAGGGGUGAAGAUGCCUUUAAACCGAAUUGCUGUUGUUUCAGUCAUAGAUCCAAAGACCUUAUCUGUAAAUCCAUAUGAUCCACAGGCACUUAAACAAUUAGAGAAUGCCAUCGUUUCCUCUCCAUUGGGGUUAAAUCCUAAAGCGGAUGGUGAAAGAUUGAUUGCUGUUAUUCCACCAUUGACCAAAGAGCAUAUGCAGGCUAUGAAUAAAUUGGUCACCAAGUCAUGUGAAGAUGCCCGGCAAAGCAUUAGAAGGGCCCGACAAAAGGCUGGCCAACAGCUUUGGUCUUCAUGUGGCUUUGUGAGGGUAAUUCAGAUCAGUGCAGGCAAUGGAUGUGAUAAAAAAGCUGCAUUCAAGUCUCCCCAAGGAUGACAUAAAAAGAUUGGAGAAAGAAGUUGAUGAAUUGACCAAAAAAUUUAUCAAAAAUGCGGAAGAUGCAUGCAAGGCAAAGGAGAAGGAAAUUAGUCAAGGUUGACCUCUAGUAGGUUUUCUGAAUUUUUGUGGAGGAUUCAGUAUUCCCCUUCGCCUCUCAUUCGUUUGGGGCUUAGGGCCUUAGAUAUAUCUGACCUUAUUGUAGUGUUAUUUCAUUAUUCUUUUGAUAGAAGAUGAGUCCCCUCAAUACCUUCCAACAGUUUGAUCUUUCAUAGGAAUCUUUUGUCGUCAAGAAAACAGCUGCAUAUUAGUGCAUUCGGAGAAAAUUUAAAGAAAAAAGAUGAGUGAUGAUAAUGGCGGAUCUAGAAAACAAGACCAGUGGGGGCAGGAUUAUUUAGUGAGACGCAAAUGAUAUGUACUUCACCGAUAACAAAAUUUACAUUUUAUCGUGGAAUAUGAGGGCACCUCAUUCUUUCCUGGCUGUUAAA